AUGCUUAAUCGACAUCAGACGCACUGUGAACGAAUGCUGGCCGAUCAGCGCUUUUUGAAGUACCUGCGAGAACAGCAGCCUGAUGUCGUUUUGUUGGAUCAUUUUCUGCAGGUAAAGGAGUGCAUGGGUGGUUUGUCGUUCCUUUUGAAUUCGUCUGUAGUACAGUAUUCUAAUUGGCCUGUUGCUGACGGAUACAUCACAUCUCUUAAUGUACCAGCAAACCCAAGCGCCACCCCCAAAACAGGUACGCCAUAUAGUGGCCAUGGGAUGUCAUUCGGUGAACGCAUUAUCAACACUCUCUUUCACUGGAUCAUUAUUAUAACGAGAUAUAUCCAAAUUUAUGUUUUGGAUAGUAUGUUUACAAGAAAAGGCUUUCCUCAAGUUGGCAUUAUUCAGUCUGAAGCUGAACGAUUGAUCUACGCCGGUAGAUCGGAAUUUCUUUUCGAUGUCAUUCGACCAAUCAAUAAUCGCGUGAAACAUUUCGGUGGUGGCAGUAAGAAAAAUCCGAGGGACUACGUGACAGUUUUACCUGAGGACAGCCUUCUGAAAGCAAGCUCCGUCAUUUGCAAAGCUCCCACUACCAAUUUCCGUUAUAUGAACAGCUCGCUGGAGGUUUCUAGAAGGAACAACUCGACAGUACCGCUCUCCUUCAUUAAUUGUGUCUGUUCGUCAAAAUCAGCGGCUGUUCGACCCGCAGCAAGCCGAAGAUCUCGACUUUACGAAGGUUUGGCCUCUGAUGAAGUGAUGAAACGAUUCAGUUCUAUUUCGAAAGAAUUCCCGCAAUUGAACUGGCCAUCGCUCUCGACAAAGCCGUUCAUUCUGGUGAGCUUCGGAAGUGUUGCACAGGUAAGAUAA